AACGACAACAUCCAUUAAACACUUGGCUCCCCCUCAGACACACACACACAAGAGAGACCCCUAUCCCCGCCAUUGAAGCUGAAACUCAUAGCCAUUUUAUUAUUUGCAAAAAUGGCCUAUACUUUGCCAAAUCUGUCUACCAAUCUGCUCCAUUCCAAAGACAAACUCCCCGUAGUCCACCACCACCACCACCACCUAUCUCCGCUCUCCUCCGCCUCUUCCUCCGACCUCCUCCUCGACAUUCCGCUCCUUUCUGCGGCUGCUAGGGUUGUCCAGGUCAAUAGAGCUCCUCCUACCUUGCAAAAGGAACGUAAUAAUGACCAUAACAACGAUGAUUUCUACGUUAAUUUGGGUUUAGCUGUUCGCACUCUCCGUGAAGAUCUCCCUUUAAUCUUCACCAAAGACCUCAAUUAUGACAUAUACAGGGAUGAUAUCACAUUUGUAGAUCCAUUGAACACUUUUAACGGUAUUGAGAGGUACAAAUUGAUCUUCUGGGCAUUGAGAUUUCAUGGUAGAAUUCUGUUCAGAGAGAUAUCUCUGAAAGUAAUGAGGAUUUGGCAGCCUUCAGAGAAUGUGAUAUUGAUUCGAUGGAACUUGACGGGUAUACCUCGUGUUCCCUGGGAAGCCAAAGGCCAAUUCCAGGGAACUUCUACCUAUAAAUUGGAUCGAACUGGCAAAAUUUAUGAACACAAAGUAGAUAACUUGGCUUUGAAUUUCCCUCAGCCGCUCAGGCCAGUAUCGCCUUCUGUUCUGGAUUUGGUUACUGCUACUCCUAACCCUACAUUCUCGUUGGACUCGCAUUCCCCUUCCUCAUCAUGGCUGCUCUUUUAUCGCUCUGUCAAGGAGACGUUGGAUCGUCAAAGUCCUUUGAUUGCUCAAGAUUGCUUGCUUACUUGUCCCUAGAUACAACAACAAACCCAGCGGUUUUCCACAAGUGGAGUCUGGGGAGGGUAAGAUGUACGCAGCCUUACCUUGUCCCUAGAUGAUUGGGGAGAGAAUACUGCUCAAGCUGUAUAUGCUAGAGUAUCGUGUAUACAUAAUAUAUAUGUAGCCUACUACUACACAGGGUUACUGAAUACUAGCUUAGAAAAUUACACUAGUGCAUCACCUCAAAUUCUUCUGAUGAUUGAUUUUAGUAAAUUUGCUGAUAUAUAUACUACUCCUAGUAGUUAUUUUCA